AUGCAGCCAUUGCGGAAUCGGAAGUAUUAUCCCAACUUGACUUUAAACCCGGCUUCAACCACUACCUCAAACUCCUUGACCGAGGCAGAGAGACUGAAGAAUCACACGACAUUCAAAGGAGCACAACUUUCGAAGGACAAAGUCGCGAAGAUGAAUCCCAACCAGAAGUUCCCAAUGAUAUGGGAGUUAAAGAGAGGGAGCUCAGAGCAAAGCUAUGAAAGAGAGUCCAAUCUGAAGAAGAGGAAGGUAGUGAAUUGGGAGAUGAUCACAAAUACGACCUCCGUGGAAAAAGACGAUGUCUUACUUCGGAACGGUUGCAGUUCUAUCCCUGGCUUCAACCAGAGAAAUAUCGGCACAUUUCAUUCAAGCGUGCAGAAGAGCUUACCCUCGACUGUUACGAGGAGUGGUCAGAGGAUUCCAAAUAUUAUUGAGGACAAGUUACCGCAACUCCUGGGUGUCCCAGAUUCCCUUUGUCUCAAUGGACUCUCCUCCUCGAAGGGAGAGCGCCAGAUCUUGAAAAAGUCUUAUCGGGACACUAUUCCACUUCCAUUGAUCCGAAACAAUCUCAACCCCUUGGAAAGGGUUUUGAAAUCACCUUGUCGCAACCUACCACAACUCACAAAGUUAAAACUUACGGAGACUGGAGUAUCGCCAUGGAUCUCUGGGUUGAGGCACUCUCUUUCAUCAUGCCCUGGAAAGAGUCAGAGUUAUGAGGAUACAAAAGAUACGUGUCCGGUUUUUUUGUUGACGUCCACUACAAUCUCCACUCCCGAAUCCUCGACUUCGAUAAAGCAUGUCGCCUCAAAAUUGAAGGUCAAAAGUACUUACGGUUCGAUGCCAUCACCGAGUUCCGUCGACUUGAAGUCUCUCACCUCUUGUCGCUCAGAAUGGUCGCAUUCUCCGACCUUCAACAAUUAUCCUCCUCCUCCUUCUCAGGUGAGAAAUCAUUUGGAAAGGGAGGAGGAACAGGGAGGAAGUCGUCAUGCUCAGAAUCGUCUGGACGCAGAGAACCUUGUCACAACUGGAACCGCGGGGCUUGUGAUAAAGCCACCAAUGAGUGUCCCCGGUUCCACAUCUGCAGCAAGUGUCGAGGAGGUCACAAAUGGGGAGAAUGUCCCCUGGCAAAGAAUUCUAAAUGAAUUGAUAGCUCAUGGUCAACAUUUUCGGAGGUGGAUGAUUUGGGGAGAAGAAUCCGGAAUACUUAGUGGAACGGCGUUAUGGACCGAAACGGCUGAUCCGUUACCACGUCCUCCUCCUUCAGAGUUCGAGAAUGUUCCCGCUCUUACUACCAUCGCUAAUAAUCCUGAUCUUUUUCAAGUCUCCACGCCUAUCAAUAUAGAUUGGUUCGAAACUAUCCUCACACAAGCCAAUCAUCCCAAUCCUCCUUUCGUUCGCUCUGUUUGUCAAGGGUUACGAGAAGGGUUUUGGCCCUGGGCCGACACCCAAUAUGGGACCUAUCCUGUCACUUGGGACAUACCUUCCCCUACACCCUCUUCUAGCCUUGAACGCGACUUUCUUCAUAGCCAGAUUCUCAAGGAAGAGUCUGUGGGUCGGUAUUCUCGCAAUUUUGAGCCAAAUCUUUUGGCGGCAAUGUAUAGUAUGCCGAUUCACGCCGUACCCAAAGAGGGAGGAAAAUUUUGCCUUGUCACUAAUCAUAGUGCAGCUUAUCGACACAUGCCUAUGCAUCCCUUGUGGCAAAUCAAGCAGAUCGUCUCUUUUGAUGGAGAGUGGCGAGUCGACAGAGCUAAUGUUUUUGGUGGACGAGCUUCUCAGCGAAUUUUCCACGCUUUCAUGUCACUCAUCAUUUGGAUUGCUGUCUUCAUCCGACUUAUUCAAGCUUUCAUUUACAUUGACGACUCUUUCUCCUUCGCCAAAUGA